GCGGCAUGUGUACGGGGCAGUGGAGCAGCUGUGCGCGUCCAUGGCUGCUGCUGCCGCCAACCACUCCAACGCGGCUCAGGAUGAGGUGGAUGCAGCUGCUGCCAAGCGAGCCGCCAUGUGUCUCAACAUACUGGAGGUGCUGUUCGCCAUGCCCAUGCCGCCCGCCUCAAAGCCGGGCGGCAAGAGGCUGGUGGCGGAGGAGGGGCAGGGCGGGGGCGACAAGGCCGAGCUGCUCUCCACGUGGGCGCUGCCCGCCCCUCUCUCUGGGGGGGCGCAGCAGGGGGGGGCGAAGAAGAGUGCCGGUGGCAAGCGAGCGAGGCAGGCAGGGCAGCAGGGCAGCAGGAAGCGGGCGGUGGGGAUGAAAGUCGAGGGGGAGCGGGAGGAAGAGGGGGAGCAGGGGGCAGUGGAGGCGGAGGAGAGGAGGGCAGCGGUGGUAGGAGAGGAGCGCAAGGCACUGGCAGGGGCGUGGCUGGGGCUGCUGGCCCUGCCUCUGCCCCUCGACGCCUACAAGAAGGUGUUGGGUGGCCUGCCCAACCUCAUCCCACAUCUGCCCAAUCCCUUGCUGCUCAGCGACUUCCUCACAGUGUCAUACGAGCAGGGCGGGGCGUGUGCGGUGGCAGCACUGGCAGCGCUGUUCCGGCUGGUGACGGAGCACGGCUUGGAGUGCCCUCAGUACUACCCGCGCCUCUACCGCCUCCUCGACUCCUCCGUCUUCCGCGCUGCCCACCGCGCCAAGUUCUUUGAGCUGCUGGAUGGGAGUCUAGCAUCACCACUGCUCCCAGCGUACAUGGCAGCAGCCUUCACCAAGCAGCUCUGCCGCCUCUCGCUCUCUGCGCCCCCCGCGGGCGCCAUAGUCGUGGUGGCGCUCGCCCACAACCUGCUGCGCCGCCACCCCGCCAUCGCCCCCCUCGUGCACCGCACCGCCUCGCCUGACACGCUUCAGGUGAGGCGCCACUCACUUGAGACUCUUCAGGACAGCAGCAGUGACGAGGAGGAUGCAGGGGAACAGAAGCAGGACAGCAGCCUGUGGGAGGUGGAGGCGCUGCAGCGCCACUACUGCCCUGCUGUCUCGAGGUUUGUGGCAUCACUGGAGAAGGACCUAUCGGAGCGCAGCAGCACCAUGGAGCUCAACGUGGCCGACUUCUCCGCCACCUCCUACGGCACCAUCAUGGCCGACGAGUUGGGGCGGCGAGUGAAGGCGGUGCCGCUCGCCUUCUUUGAGCGCACACCAACCACCCUCUUCCCCACCUCAUCCUCCCCUACUGCCUCUGCCAUUCCACAAUUUGCCAAACUUCGCGACGCGAUGGCCCAAUCGUUAGUCCUACGGCACGCCAUCUCAGCCGUCCUCGCGUCCUCGCCCUCUACCUCGCAAAGACAACGCCCCGCCGCUAACCGUGCUCGUACGGGUCUGAGCGCGUCGAUUGGCGACUUCAGCGCGGCGCCCAUCCCCGAGUCGCAGGUGGUGCCACGGCUGUGCCACCUCGAAGACUUUCACGAGUCGUCGACGGGCGAGGCGGGCGUGCGGCCCGUGGCGCUGGCGGUGCGCGUGGUGGAGGACGGGCACGGGAAGCAGCUGGCGGACCUGCUCAUGGCCACCGUCGAGGCGUCCGCGCAGGUCGAGGACCUCGAGACCCAAGCCGGCCGGGCCGCCAUGGUAGCGCUGGCGCUGGCGCUGCUGGUGGAGUUCGCGACGGGCAACGGCAUCUUCAGCGCCGUAGACCGCAGCGCGCUGCUCCCCGCGCUCUCGCUGGGCGUCGGCGCAGCCGCGGUGUCGGCGGGGUACGCCGUGGCGUGGCGGUCGAAGCGACACGUGUCGGACAUCCUGGCGCGCGGGUGCUUGCACUGGCUGGACGCCGCCGUCGACCACGUCAUCGACGGCGUCUUCGACGCGCGCCCCACCGCGCACCAAGCGCCGCCGCAGCGGGACUAG